CAAGCCCUCUCGAGGUCUACAAGGCGUCUUUCCGCCAUGGCUGUGGACCCAAAGCAUAUUGUUAUUGUUGGUGCCGGUAUCAUUGGCGUCUCGACAGCCUACUAUCUUACAAAGCACCCGUCCUACACAGGCCAACCAAUCACCCUCAUCGAUAGCACCGGGGUGGCGGCUGCUGCCUCAGGCAAAGCAGGGGGCCUUCUGGCCAUGGACUGGCAUGAGAAGGAAACGAGUCCGCUUGCUGCACUCAGCUAUCGUCUGCACGAAUCUCUGGCGCAAGAAUAUCCCGAUCGGUGGGGAUAUCGUAAGCUUGACACGCUCUCUGUGCGCACGUCACCCAAGGGUAAAGCAGGCGUCAAAUUGAAACAAGAGAUUGAUUGGCUUGAUCAGAGUAUUGUUGAGAAGGUGAAUGUACUGGGCACGACCGAUUCAACCGCGCAAGUCCAUCCUCGCAAGUUUUGUCGCGGCUUGCUGAGCGAGGCGAAAGGGGUCAACUUGAUUGUCGCCAAAGUCGUAGCAGUCAAUCCCGGUGUCGCAACCGUUGAAACUUCGCCUGGCGUGCUCGAGGAUAUGAGCUCUGACUGCAUUAUUGUUUGCGCAGGUCCAUGGACUGAACGCCUGCUCAACGUACCCAUUACCUCUGUUCGCGCACACAGCAUCACAGUCUUGACUCCAAAGCCCGUCACACCACAUGCUCUCUUCACAGAUAUGCGCUUAGCAGACGGUUCCAACGUCAACCCAGAGUUUUACGCGCGCCAAGAUGAGAUUUACAUUUGUGGCGAGGGUGAUGAAGAUGUUCCAUUGCCAGACAAGGCAAGCGACGUCCAAGUCGACAUGGCGCGCUGUGGUGCUCUCAAGCAGUACGCCGAUGCACUGUCUCCCUUCUUUCGUGAUGCAGAGAUUGGCGUCCAGCAAGCGUGCUAUCUGCCAACUUCGCCAACACCUCUUGUAGGCAAACUGCAACAAGGCGUUUAUGUGGCUUCCGGACACUCCUGCUGGGGCAUCUGUCUUGGUCCGGGCACAGGCAAAGUCAUGAGUGAAAUUAUCUUUGAAGGCAAGGCCAAGUCUGCAGAUGUCAAAUUGCUAGAUCCU